GCGGUGCGCCGGGAGGGGGCCGGGUGGGGUCGGACGCGCCGGCCGAGGCGGGGCGAGGCCCAGCCUAAAGGGCCACCUGCUCCGUCGCCUGCCGCCAGGCUGCCGGUCGCCUGCUGCUCCUCAGACGGUUCCUUCCUGUCCCAUCUAGUGCAGUGGCUGAGAGGGAUUCUCCCAACAUGAGGACUUCUCUGCAGGCAGUGGCGCUCUGGGGCAAGAAAGCACCUCCCCACACCAUCACUGCCAUCAUGAUGACCGAUAACCAGCAAAUGGUUGUGACGGGAAGCCGAGAGGGUCAACUCUGUCUCUGGAACCUCUCCCCUGAAUUAAAGAUAUCAGCUAAAGAACUCCUGUUUGGUCAUUCAGCUUCAGUAACCUGUUUGGCAGGGGCAAGAGACUUCUCUAAACAGCCGUACAUUGUUAGUGCUGCUGAAAAUGGGGAGAUGUGUGUUUGGAAUGUUACCAGUGGACAGUGCGUGGAGAAGGCAACACUUCCAUACAGACACACCGCCAUUUGUUAUUACCACUGCUCAUCCCGGAUGACAGGAGAAGGCUGGCUUCUGUGUUGUGGAGAGUAUCAAGAUGUCCUUGUCAUUGAUGCCAAAACACUGGCCCUUGUUCACACUUUUACAUCAUCUCAGUCUCCUGAUUGGGUCAGCUGCAUGUGCAUUGUUCAUUCCAUGAGAAUCCAAGAAGAUUCCCUCGUGGUGGUAUCAGUGACCGGUGAGCUCAAAGUGUGGGACCUCUCCUCAUCUAUCAACAGCAUUCAGGAAAAGCAAGAUGUUUAUGAAAAAGAGUCCAAGUUCCUCGACUCCUUAAACUGUCAGACAAUACGAUUUUGCACAUAUACAGAAAGACUUCUGUUGGUGGUGUUUUCUAAAUGUUGGAAGGUUUAUGAUUAUUGUGACUUUUCCGUUCUGUGGACUGAAAUGAGCAGAAAUGGGCAGUUCUUUGCUGGUGGUGAGGUGCUUGCUGCUCACAGAAUCCUCAUCUGGACAGAAGAUGGUCACAGUUAUAUCUAUCAGCUGCUGAACAGUGGGCUUUCAAAAAGCACACACCCUGCUGAUGGAAGAGUGCUUAAAGAGACCAUUUAUCCUCAUUUACUGUGCUCUGCUUCUGUGGAGGAAAAUAAGAGGCAACCCUGUGUUAUGGGCUACAUGAAUGAAAGGAAAGAGCCGUUUUAUAAAGUACUGUUCUCUGGAGAAAUCUCAGGACGAAUUACUUUGUGGCACAUCCCCGAUGUUCCUGUUUCCAGGUUUGAUGGUUCGCCCAGAGAGAUACCAAUCACUGCCACCUGGACGCUUCAGGAUAAUUUUGAUAAGCAUCAUACUGUAUCGCAAAGUAUUGUUGACCAUUUCUCAGAUUUCAAAGAUGGCAUAGGAACUGCUGUAGUCACCUCAUCAGAGUACGUGCCAAAUCUUGAUAAACUAAUAUGUGGCUGUGAAGAUGGGACAAUUUUCAUCACCCAUGCUUUGAAUGCUGCCAAAGCAGGACUUCUAGAAGGUGCUUCGUUAUUAAAAGGUCUGUCCUGCCACAAGGUUCUGAAAGGCCAUCAGCAAAGUGUCACUGUGUUGCUUUACCCACACGGUCACUCUUCAAGAUUUGACCUGAGCUGGUUGGUGUCGGGGGACCAAAACUCGUGCGUCAUUUUGUGGGACAUCUUUACUGAAGAAAUUCUGCAUAAAUUCUUUUUGGAAGCUGGUCCAGUAAUGAGCCUUUUGAUAUCACCCGAGACUUUUAGAAUGAGAGGCGACCAGGUAAUUUGCUGUGUGUGCAGUGACCACUCUGUGACUCUCCUUCACCUGGAAGGGAAGACGUGCCUCUUCCAGGCCCGGAAGCACCUUUUCCCUGUGAAGCUGAUAAAAUGGCACCCGAUUGAGAAUUUUUUAAUUGUUGCAUGUGCAGAUGACUCUGUAUACGUCUGGGAGAUUGAAACAGGCACUUUGGAACGACAUGAAACAGGGGAGAAAGCAAGAAUUAUUCUUAACUGUUGUGAUGACUCUCAACUUCUAAAGCGAGAGUCUGUACUUGGUGCUUCCUCAGAGGCACAUAAGCACAAAAGUGUAGAACAAAGAUCAUCGGCUUCCUACCAGCUUGGCCCAAUACCUUGCCCUGGUCUGCAGGUGGAGUCUUCAUGCCAGGUGGCUGAUGCCACAUCACUCUCAGGACCUUUCCACGUGCUGCCUGUGAAGACAAAAUGGAGUAACGUUGGCCUCUAUGUUCUUCUGUUUGAUCUGGAAAACCUUCUUGAACUUCUGCUGCCUCCACUCAGAGAUGGAGACUGUUCCAGUUCAUUCUAUGAUAAUGAGAUCCUAAGAAGAGCCAAGAGCACAGCAGAGAAGAAGACAAUGAAAAGAAAUAAAGCUGCCUGCAGUCCCCUCCCUGCCGAGGCACAAGCCACGCCUGUCGGUGAACACCUGGUCCAAGGAGAUCACAUCAGCACAAUCUUUGAAGGAAACGAUGGCAUGAAAAGGCAGAAGAAAAUGAAGUGUUCCAAGAAGAUGCACCCUAAGCUGUUAAGGAAAGUUGAUACCAACCUCACUGUAGACACAGCAAAACUGUUUCUGUCCUGCCUUUUGCCUUGGGGAGUGGACAAAGAACUAGAUAAUCUCUGUAUUAAGCAGCUCAAUAUUUUAAAGCUUCAAGGUCCUGCUUCUCUAGGACUUGCUUCAAACAGAGAUUACUUCUCGUUAAUGCUGCCAGGCUGGGAUUUAUGCAACACUGAAAUAAUGAAAGACCAUUCGAGAGUAAAUUUAUUUUCCAGAAAAGUUUUGGAACUGUCAAAUAAAUACUCAGCCACUCUUCUAAACCAUGUUGGAAUACCAAGAGAAUUGGAAAAUAAUUGUGAUUCCUUGCGGGAAUCGAAGACUAUAGCUUAUUUUUUGAGCAAACUAUUUUUAAUUAAUAAAUUAGUUAACAUGCCUUUAGAAUUGACCUGUGGAACUGGCAGUUCCUUCAAAAUGGAGUCUGUUCAUAAGCUGAAAAAUCCAGGGAGUGAUAUUUUGAAUAUGUCAAGCUUCUAUGGUUACCUGCGAAAUGGAAAGAAUGAAUCCCAUAUGCCCGAGGUUGACCUGUCACUCAUGAAGCUGAUUUCCUGUUGGAGAGAUCAGUCAGUACAGGUAACCGAGGCAAUACAGGCCGUACUUCUGGCAGAAGUUCAGCAGCACAUGAAGCUUUUAAGAAAUGUGCCAGUCAACAGCCAGCCAGUGUCCCUGAUGGAGAAGGGGAACUGUGAGCUACAGCAGAUUGUCCCAAAGAAGGAAUGGGCUGAGGAGUUGGAGUUGCAGUGUGUUAGAACCAGUGUGCCUCUGCACAUCCCAGUCAGUCCGGUCAAGCAUGACAGCAACUCAAACUCGGCAAACUUCCAAGACGCUGAGGACAUGCCUGACAGAUGUGUCUUAGAAGAGUCUGAGAGUCCAGGUGAGCCAAGACAUCACUCAUGGAUAUUAAAGGUGUGUUCCUGCAAGGUGUGUUAAAUAGCAUCUCAGCUGCAGGAAUUGGAUUUGGUCAACAAAUAGCCAGUUCCAUCAAAUCUUCAAUUAUUCCACAUAUAUGAUGACAUAGUGUAACAAUUGCCCACCUUGUACAGACUAGUUAAUUUGGACUUCUAUGACGCUGAGACUGAACUUUUUACCUGUAGAUUUAUAUAGUUGUCUGAUCUCUUACUAAAUUAUCAUGUAGAUGCGAACCAGGGGAGAAACAUUUAGUCACAUCACAAGUGAUCCUUUUAGCACAAACUCUUGUAGUUCUCCCGCAAAUAAGCUUUAUUGGAAGAAUUUUUUAUGUAACUGAAACAUACGAAGCAAAUAAAUAGGAACAAAUAUUAAAGUAUUCAUCUGUAAAGUAGCCUUUAGUCAUCUGAUUUGUUCACUUGCGUUUGAUGAUAUAAUUCCUUGAUUUGCAGACAUGCAUAAAAGACAUAAUUUGUAUGUAUGUAUUAUGAAUACAAAUACUGCCUUAUCCAUAGAAAAGUGGAGGAAAAAUGUUAAGUAUGUGAUAUAACUGUAUCUGUUUAGUAGGGAAAUUUAGGUCACUUCAGCUCAACAUUUUUGGGCAUCACUUAGAGAACCUAGGCUGGGAGGUGGUGGGCAAGAGGAGAUUAGAGAAGGAAAUUAGUGUAACUAAAAAGGUGUAGUCUGUGUCCUUAAGGAGUUUAUAAUUACUGGUCAACCUCGAUGAAUACACCAGAAUACAGGCAUCAAAUUAAUAUGUCUCUUUUUUAGGUAUAUCAAAGUGAACAUUGCUUGUUUUCUAAGAUCUCAUGCCACUGUUUAAAUUGCUUUGAAUUGAUGCUUAGAGUGUUUAGAGUUGCUGUUAAUGCGAAUAAUCAUUGAAAAUUGUCACUCUUUGAAAAUCAAUGUAAAUAAUCUCAUCCUCUUUGGCAACCGUCAAAAGCCA